GAAAACCCUAUAAUAUUACGUGGGAAAUCCAAUCUGCGAUUCCACAAGAUCCUCCCUCCGUAUCUAUUACACUUCUUCUCGGUGCCAAGAAUAGUUCCCGUUUUAUUUCCAAUAUCGCUACUGAUAUAUCAGUGACAGAUAAAAUCUAUUUAUGGAAUCCACAAGAUGCAUCACUUGCGAAUGGAACGUACACCGUACGAAUCUAUGAGCCGCAAUCCGCGCCAAAAGUAGACGGAUCCUCUAAAUCGUUUACUAUUAUCAACACUAAAAACACUUCUGUUAUAACGACCAGUUCUUUUGGCGGCAAUAAUCCCGCGAAUACAGCAACAUCAUCUCCUGCUUCCACUUCGGGUAAACCAAACAUUUUAAAUGUUGGACCGAAAAUACAACCUUAUAUUUCAACCGUAUUCCUGUUAAUCAUCACGAUUAUUCUUGCUUCUUUUUAUUCACUCCAGUAA